GUCUUUACCCUCAACUGCCGCCGUAUCAAUCGUGGAUCAGUGUUCCUCAAAAACAGAAAUGGCUCAAACAAGCUUACCUUUCAAAGUUGGGGAAACCAUAGAAGUAAGAUCUUUUGAAGGGGGAUACCGUGGAGCUUGGUUUCGUUGCAAGAUACUAAACAUAUACACGAAGGAGGAGAAAUUGUUCUACAGCUUGAAGUAUCUUGAUUAUGAUGAUGAAGAGAUACAUCACACACAAGUCUAUCAAUUGUUUCGAAAAUGAGGAGAAAGAGUGGUUGAUGGUUCGACCAUCGUAUCCACCACAUUAUCAGGAGCGCAAAGUCCGUAAAAUCGAGGCUGACCAAGCACCUCUUGUUGUCGUUCAUGGCUCUUGGAAAGUUGGAGACUUGGUUGAUUGGUGGAAAGAUGACUGUUUCUGGUGUGCAAUAGUUUUGGCAGCGAAAAUGAAAGAACCAUUACAGAUUGAGUUGUUUCCACCACCACUCGGUGAAGGAGAAACUUAUGCAGCUUUGCAUAAGGACGUGCGUCCAACUUUGGAUUGGUCACUUGAAGAUGGCUGGACAGUGCCUUCUAAGGAUGGACGGAAAAGUCAAAGUGUUAAACUCGUGAAACGUGAGAAAGGAGUAGAUCAUGUACCCCAAGAUGUUUGCCAAACUGGAAAAGAGCAAACAGAGAAAGCCAAGAGGCAGAAGACAGAGAGAGAGCCAAGAAGAAGACAGAGAGAGCCAAGAAGCAGACGACAGAGAGGCACACGCAACAGAACAGGACCGAGAGAGAAGCACGCAGCAGAAGACAGAGGGAGACAUGCAGCAGCAAGUUUAGGAGGUGAAACUGCUAGUGAUGUUUGA